AUGUCGAUCAUCUGCGGCGUCCCCCUCCUCGAGUGCGUCUACUGCCUGGCCUGCGCACGCUGGGCCUGGAAGCGAUGCCUCCGCACCGCCGGCCACGACAGCGAGACCUGGGGCCUGGCUUCGGCCGACGAAUUCGAGCCGGCGCCCCGCCUCUGCCGCUACAUUCUUGCAGUCUACGAAGAUGACCUUGAGCGCCCAUUAUACGCUCCGCCAGGAGGAUAUGGUAUGAACCCUCAUUGGGUCGUCCGCCGCAAGAUGUACAAGGACACCCGCGGCCGCGUGCCGCCUUACUUGAUCUACCUUGAUCAUGACCAUGCGGAUAUAGUCCUCGCCAUUAGAGGCCUCAACAUGGCUCGGGAGAGUGAUUAUGCGGUGCUGUUGGAUAACAGGCUGGGGAAGAGGAAAUUUGAUGGUGGAUAUGUUCAUAAUGGGCUCCUCAGGGCCGCUGGUUGGGUCUUGGAUUCUGAAUGUGAUGUGUUGAAGGAAUUGAUGGAGAAGUAUCCAAGUUAUACUCUGACUUUUGCUGGGCAUUCAUUGGGGUCUGGUGUGGCAGCAAUGCUGGCUAUGGUGGUGGUGCAAAAUAGAGACAAGUUGGGAAAUGUGGAGAGAAAGAGGAUCAGGUGUUAUGCGAUUGCACCGGCAAGGUGUAUGUCGCUCAAUUUGGCGGUGAGGUAUGCGGAUGUGAUCAAUUCAGUUGUGCUUCAGGAUGAUUUCUUACCUCGAACAGCAACCCCUUUGGAAGACAUUUUCAAAUCACUCUUCUGUUUGCCAUGCCUACUAUGUGCAAGAUGCAUGAGAGACACGUGCAUACUAGAAGAGGCCAUGUUAAGAGAUCCAAGGAGGCUCUAUGCACCAGGUCGACUCUAUCACAUUGUUGAAAGAAGAUUGUGCAGGUGGGGAAGAUAUCCUCCAGUUGUUAGAACAGCAGUGCCAGUUGAUGGAAGAUUUGAGCACAUUGUUCUUUCGUGCAAUGCCACUUCUGAUCAUGCCAUACUUUGGAUUCAGCAAGAAGCCCAGAGGGCUUUAGACCUCAUGCUAGAUAAGGAAAAAAUAAUGGAGAUCCCUCCUAAGCAAAGGAUGGAGAGAAAAGAGACACUUAAACGAGAGCACAGUGAGGAGCACAAGGCAGCACUCCGGAGGGCUGUGACAUUGUCCAUUCCAGAUGCAUAUUCGCCAUCAGCUUAUGGGACAUUUGAUGAGAAGUCUACAGGAGCAUGGGAGGGCUCUACCACAUCUUCAUCAGACUCCAGGCAGAAGAUGAGUUGGGAUGAGCUGAUCGAGCAAGUAUUUGAAAAGAAUGAGGCUGGGCAUAUGGAAGUUCGGAGGUCAACCAUCACAGAUGGAUCUUAAUGUCAUCUUUUUGUUGUUCAUUAACCUUGUCAUUGCUUUUUCUGCCAAUUGAUUGUUGUUGUUGCUAUGUGAUUGGAUCUAUUACGGAAAUGUAGUUUUUGUCAACAACAUAAUAUCAGCAUCCAAUAUUCAUAAAUCUCAAACUCUGUCCUAGACAUACAAAGUGAAAGUUUGUGAUUGUUGUUGUUAUUAUAUUUCAGGAGAAUUGUUGGAAGUCA